AGCGGAACGCCACCAAAUAAAGCAGAAUCGGCACACAUAGCAGCGCAAUUUGCCGCAGAAGUAGCAAAAAAAGCAGCAGAAAAGGAUACUAUGGAAAUAGAGACAGUAGAUAAUGUAGUUAGGACUAAUAAACCAAGUGAGUCUAGCUCUAGUAAUGUAAUAAAUAGUGUUAGUAGAGAAAGUAAAGAUAAAUUGAACAAUAGCAUAGCAAGUAAGGCCGAGUCAGUGAAUAGUGAAACAGUGGACAGUGUUGGAAAGGCAGUUCCUGAAUCAGUGGAGGUCACCAAACCUCAGCCCAGCAAGACUCUCAGCCAUUGCCACCACAGCCGAUGCCUCAGCAAGCUCAGCAGCCUUUGCAGCAGUUGUCACAGCAGCCACCACAACAGUUGCCACAGCAGCAACCACCACCACCACAACAGCAUCAGCCACAGCAGCCACCACCGCAGAUACAGCAACAGCCCCCACAGCAUCAAGCACAGCAUCAACCACAGAAGCAGAAGUCCCCAGCUCCACAGCAGCCAGUACAGCCCCAGGCACAGCCUCAGGCACAGCCUCAGGCACAGCCUCAGGCACAGCCCCAGCCGCAGCCCCAACCUCAGUCCCCCCCCCCCCCACCUCAGGCCCAGCCACAGGUCGCUCCACAGACCCAGCCGAAGGCGCAGCCCCAACCCCAGGCACCGGUCCAGCCGCCACCGCAAAAGCCAGUACAGCAGCAGCAGCAGCAGCAGCUGCAACAGCCGUUACCAGCAUUGCCACAGCAGCCGUCAGAACCAGCCCCUCCUCAGACACAAAACCGCAGCAGCAGCAGCCACUGCCGCAGAGCCCCACAGCAGCUACAGAACUCGCAGCCGCCUCCGCCGCAGGGCCAGAAGCGCCUCGAGCCCUCGCCGAAGCCCGAGAUCGUGGUGCCGCCUCUGAAGAUCCCCCAGCAGCCUGAGGCCAAGGAGAGCGCGGCCAGCAAGCCUGAGCCCGAGGCGGCCCCCGCCAAGCAGGCGAGCAGCAAGGCGGCCCCUGCGCCCGCGUCCAAGCAGAAGGAGAAGGAGCCCACGCCCGAGCCGCAGCCCGUGCAAGGCACACGAGACAAGAAGUGCGACUCCGAGAUUACUGCCAUAUUCAGUGUGGUUUCUUUUGUUGCUUGCAAGAAGGACAGCAAACAAGCAGUUGUGUUAGGUCAAGCUAGGUCAGCGUCGCCCAAGGAUCUAACAUGCUUGGCGUGCCGUAAGGCGAGAACGGAUGAAGCUUGUUAUAGUGUCUCGCAUCUAGCGAGGCGAUGUGAAAUGCCAGCAGUGAAAAGCACGGUUCACAUACAGAUAUCCUUGAUAGAUUUCCAGUGUCACGACUCAGAGAUAAAGUAA